GUGGACGCAAAAGGCGCCUCCCACCAACGCGAUGCAGACGCACAAAAGCGGUAUCAGAUGAACGCAUUGCUAAAGAGUUUCAGUCAGCAGAUAUCAGAACGUGAAGCGUGUCUCCUGGACUUUGCUUGUCCCCGCUGACACACACUUGUUGGACAUGGGCUUUCUCCUGACCAAGAUGAUGGCGCUGUUCGGUGACAGAGAGCACAAAGUCAUCAUUGUGGGUUUGGACAACGCUGGAAAGACCACUAUCCUCUAUCAGUUUCUGACAAAGGAAGCCGUCCACACAUCACCAACCAUCGGCAGCAACGUGGAGGAGAUCACUGUACGCAAGACACACUUCUUGGUUUGGGACAUCGGGGGACAGGAGAGCCUUCGAGCCAGCUGGUACUCCUACUACUGCAACACAGAGAUCGUCAUCCUGGUGGUGGACAGCACCGACCGGGAACGUCUCACCCUCACCAAAGAAGAACUGCAUCGGAUGCUCGCACACGAGGAUCUGCAGAACGCAGCCGUUCUUAUUCUGGCCAACAAGCAGGACGUGAAGGGCUCGAUGACGGCGACGGAGAUCUCCCAGUGCCUCACGCUGGACUCCAUCUCCUCACAUUCCUGGCACGUCCAAGCCUGCUGCGCCCUGACGGGAGAGGGUCUACCUGCCAGUCUGGACUGGAUGACGUCUCGGGUCCGCGCAAAGUAGAAAUGCGCCCGGACGCAGUGCACCAAACUUCCUCGCGCCGAGCCGACCGCUAAAGCUGGCGCCGAGGCCGCGGGCUCAGGAUUGUUUACAGUGAGAUGAGGGGGGGAAAAGGCCUGUCAGCGUGGCGUCAUGUGAUGGAUCCGGCCUCGCUGCACCUGCCGGUUGUCUCGCCCGGCUGUGCGACGCCUCAGGGAAAUCGGGCCGUAACCCGCUGGGUAGCAUUUGAAUCAGACUGCAGAAGUUCUUCCUCAGUUUGUGUUUAUGUUACAGGACCAAUGGUCUCGCUCUGUGGUGUCGAUUCUUUAUUUUCAUUGAGGUUUAACAUCCCAAUUCACUGAACCGCAAAGUAGCACAAAAGUAUUAAUCAUUAUUCAAUGCUAAGAGCCUACAUUUGAUAAUUGAGAACGCUUAAACAUACAUAUUUCCCGGGUAAAGUGCCAGCGUGGUGCCUGUUUUUGAGCAUCAGGAUUUUAUUUUGUCCUUCGAUUGGUGAUUCUUGGUGCCCUUCUUAAUUAACCCAAACCACCUCUGCUACAACCAAAUUGAUAUACCUUCCUUAUAAAACAGCUUCCCAGUGCCAAACUGAGUUUAGAUGCUUUACAAGCUUAAGCCUCUAUCAUGGAAGACUUUUACUUCAUUAAUAACUGAGAGCUAUUCAAUGUUGAGGAACAAGGCUGCACCGCUCAUGCAAAGGACCCUUAUAAGUAUGUUAUGCCAGUGAACAACAUAAUUAUUUUGUCAGACCUACUUUGUUUAGUAAUUUAUUUUAAGAAAACAAAGCUGUUGAACAAUUUACUGUAUAUUACAGAAAUGUAGUGAAAAGAGCUAGCUGCUGUGGACUGGAGAAUAUUUUGAAAGUAUAUAUUAUGUCGUGUAAUUUAAUAACAAAUAAACAGUAUUAUUCCAAAUA